CUUUGCGUACGUGUACUUUUGCGAGUCCGUUUCCUAGUGUCGCCGCGGAUAUUCGUCUGCUGCCGGUGUGCAAUAUACAAUAUUAAAUUUACAACCGCAAACCGGGUAGGUGGUAAUCCUAUCGACGACCGCGUAAACCCGUACACGGAACCGCGACGACGAUAUUUUCUGUUGGCAGUUCGUUGUUGUGAACUAAAUGCGCCGAAGACGUUAUUUUGUUUCAGCUAUAUUGUUAUAGUAAUUAUUAUCAUCAUACAGAUAAAAUAACUCGGUGAGUGGUAGUCGCGCAUCAAUUCAAUGGCCGAUAUCAAGUACAAAUUCGAAGCCGUGAUGAUCGUCUCCAGCAUUUUCAUGUUACUGACCAUGUACGAACUGCCGGUGGCCAGUUACUUCAAAUCUAUUAUAUAUUACAGGUGUUUCCAACAAACUGCCGUUCAACUGUUGGUGCCUUUGGUCUUUCAAACACUUAUACCUACAUACAACGAUGGCGACGAGGAUGAUGGGUCAACGCUGUUUUGGAUUUUAGACUUCAUCGAAUACUCGAUGUAUUUCACAACUGUAUACCUCGUCAAGAGAGUAAUAAAUUUGUUGGACUUGUUUUGACAACGUAAUAAACGUAUUACGAUAAAUGACUAUACCUACCUGCACUGUGCACUUAGGAAAGUUUUGCCGUGCGAGAAAUUGUUGGACAUAAUAAUAUAAGGUGGUACAUAAAUCACAAUAAAAUUUCGUUUUUA